AUGAAAUUAUACAAAGGACAGCCUGGAGGUCUGGAUCUGACCCCAAUUCUGCUCAAAGCCAGAACAGGAAAACGAUUUUGGUUCGAAACCUGCUGGCUGGCUGUGUCUCUGCUGUCUGUGUGCUCCAGCCACCCCUCACAGCACAUGCUGCUCAAAGAAGAGGCUGCAGAUGUGUACGAUGAGCUGUGGGCUGCGAGUGAGGACAUCGCCCAGAUGACGCUUAAGCUCCCGUUCCUGGAGCACAUGCAGUCCGGCGAUCUGCAGGCUGACGACUACGUCAACUUCAUGAUCCAGGACAUCAACUACCUGCUGAAGGUUACAGACAUGUUGAAGGAGAUGUCACAGAAGGUGAAGCAGGAGGACAUCAAGAAAUUCAUGAAGAACAGAUUCGAAAGCUACAAGAAAUUUGGUGAAAUGAUGCUGAAGCAGUUCAACCUGAAAGGUGUGUCAGAGAUCAAACCCAUCCCUGCCAUGGAGAAGUACCUCUCUGACUACAGGACCAUCAUGGAGAAGGAGGAGCCCAUCUACUUCGCUGUGAGUCUGCUGCCCUGCUCCAGGCUCUGGCUGUGGCUCGCCAACCAGCUCAAGGAGACCUACUGCAACGCCUACUUCAUCUGGAAGAAGAACAACAUGCACGGGAACCCUGAAAAGCACUACAGGAAUCUGCUCAAUGCCAACUUGAAAACCAACGACCAGAUCCAGCGGGCCGUGGAAAUCUUCCGCCAGCAGAUGCAGAACGAGCACAACUUCUUUGCAGCUAGUCUGGAUGAAAAGGUGCACCUCUUUCGUCUUUCUACCUCUGUUAUUCUACAAAAGCAGCCUCUAAGCGUGUCACUGUACGACACUACUGUACCACGACUGAGACGCUGUUCAGCCAAGAUGGAGUCAGGGAAAUGGUUCUGGUUUGAAAGCUGCCUGAUGGCGGUGUGCCUUCUCUCCAUGAGCUCUGGCUUACUGUUGGACGACGCCCACGGUGUCUUGUAUUCAUCAUCGCAAAAGAAGGGAUCCUUUGGUGUGGACACGGACAUCUACGACCGCCUGUGGUCCUCCAAUUUUGACAUUGCAGUGCAAACGCUGAAGCUGCCGUUUCUGAACCACAUGAAACAUGGCGACCUCCAGUCAGACUAUUACGUCAACUUCAUGAUCCAGGACAUCAACUACCUGCUGGAGGUUACAGACAUGUUAGAGGAGAUGACAAACAAGCCAAUAGCUGAUGAAGACAUGAAAGAGUUCUUCCAGGGCAGAUACAAGAGCUACAAAGAGUUUUCUGAACUGAUGCUGGAUCAGUUCAAUCUCAAAGGUGUGUCAGAGAUCAAACCCAUCCCUGCCAUGGAGAAGUACCUCUCCGACUACAGAACCAUCAUGGAGAAGGAGGAGCCCAUCUACUUCGCUGUGAGUCUGCUGCCCUGCUCCAGGCUCUGGCUGUGGCUCGCCAACCAUCUCGACAUCAGCUACGGCAACGCCUACUUCAUCUGGAAGAAGAACAACAUGCACGGGGACCCUGAAGAGCACUACAGGAAGCUGCUGGACAACCAUCUGACCACCAAAGAUCAGAAAAAGCGAGCCAACGAAAUCUUCCGCCAGCAGAUGCAGAACGAGCACAACUUCUUUGCAGCUAGUCUGGAUGAGUGAGCACCACCUGAAAGUUUGCCCUUCACUCCUUUUGCUCAAAGAGCAUGAAUGACGUUCAGUUUGUCACCGUUCAUGAAUAAAAACCACGACUUCUUUGCUGCCUCCCACAAAGAGUAGAAGUUAAACAUUUCUCCAAAAAAAUAAUCCCUUCUGUGCUAAUCUGUAAACGGACCCUCACAUCAGUGAUCCCUUAUAUGAAGUCUGUAUUUGUCUUUCUGUCUUUGUAUCUUGC